AUGGUGUUGGGUCAGAUCGAGGAGCAUCGCCGCAGCCAUCAACCAAUCAACAUCCCCUUCUUUGACGUGUUCCUCAGGAAUCUCUGCCAAGGCUCCAGUGUGGAGCUGAAGGAGGAUAAGUGCUGGGAGAAGGUGGAGGUCUCGUCCAAUCACCAUCGAGCUAACAAGCUCACUGACAAGAACCCCAAAACGUACUGGGAGUCCAACGGCUGCACCGGCUCGCACUUCAUCAACAUCUACAUGCACAAAGGAGUCGUCAUCAGACAAUUGGCCAUCCAGGUGGCCAGCGAGGACUCGAGCUACAUGCCGGCUCGAGUCCUGGUCCUGGGAGGAGACGACCCGACCAACAUCAACACUGAACUCAACACAGUGAACGUGACCCCGUCGGCCAGUCGGGUGGUUCUCCUGGAGAACAUGACCAGGUUCUGGUCCAUUAUCCAGAUCAGGAUAAAGAGGUGUCAGCAGGGAGGAAUCGACACACGUGUCCACGGUUUUGAGGUUCUGGGUCCGAAGCCGACGUUCUGGCCGGUAUUUAAGGAGCAGCUGUGCUGUCGGACCUACCUGUUCUACAGCACCAAGGCCCACACCUGGUGUCAGGAAGUGAUGGAGGACCGCACCCAGCUGCUGCAGCUCUUCAACAAGCUGAACAGCGCUCUGCGACACGAGCAGAUGUUCGCCGAUCGUUUCCUGCCGGACGCCGAAGCUGCUGAAGCUCUCGGACGAACCUGCUGGGAGGCUCUGAUCACACCCAUCGUACACAGCAUCACACUGUCAGAAUCCUCGGCGGCCAGCCCUCUGUCCUGGCUGCUCAGCGAGUACCUGGAUAACGCCGAGUCGGCACGCCGCUGUAAAAGCCGGGCGGCCAUCUUUAACUCCAGAGUGAGACGCCUCACACACCUGCUGGUCCACGUGGAUACGAGCCGGCCGGACGGCGAGGAGCUCAAACCGCCCGUCAAAUCAAAAGGUCUCAACCGAAGCAAAGAGCUGAAGAACGGGAAGGAGGGUAAAAACAAAGAGACGGCGGCCGCGUCCUCGUCCUCCUCGUCCUCCUCCUCAGCCAAGCCCAAAGUGAGGAGCAGCAGCAGCAUCGCAGGCAUCGCCCUCUGCUGGCAGGGAGUGGUACAGCGACAGGUGAAGAAGUUUCUGGAGUCGAGCUGCAGCCUGCCCGACUUCGUGGAGCGUUACCGCAUGCUCUACCUGCGGCUGAAGAACGCCAUGGAGGAGCUGUUCGGACAGCAGACCGCCUUUGUGCUCGCCCUCCGCCACGGCUUCUCCGCCGCCCUGCUGCAGCUCUCCAUCCUCAGAGCCAUGCACGUGAGUCAUUUAGACCAGGGACACUGAACCGGGGCCGCCUCGGGGCCGCUUC